UCUCCGUUGAUUUCGCUAUGUCCUCUUCCAAAAUAACCGAAAUUGUAACGCUCGAUGCCAAGGCCAACAACCCGGUGAUGGUACACGGUCAUGUGCCGCAGCCAGCAAACGAAUGCCGUGGGUUGCGGGCUAUGGAUAUGGCCAAAAAUGGGACCGGAAUGGUUUUCGUAGGAUGCAAGAAAAACCUUUACCGUGGAUACGUGCAAUCAGCUGCACAGCAGCUCGAACAGCAACAACAGCGGACCUUUGUAGCGCUACGCAAUCGAACGACGGGCAAGAUGCGGAUGGUGGAGGUCGAAAGCUGCCAGCUAAGCAACGUCUGCCAUGACGAGCGCAUGCAAUCGAAUCAAUCCUUCGACCGAGAGAGCAUCAUAAGAUUGCUGGAAAAGUUCGACACCAAGGCGAGAACUCGUGUGCGUCGUCGUAUUCAGCGGGAGCAGGUUGACUUUAGCGUGAUCGGGAACCGGCUGGAGGAAACGAUGAACGAGGUGGCGGUAUCAAAAACCGACAAGUUGCUGGCAUCUCCUCCGUCCGAGGAGCAGGCUAACAAGCAACUCGUACAGAGUGAGAUCCGUUCGAAAGCAAAUCCACACGCACGCUCGCUACGCGAUCUCUACCGAGCGGAAGAUCUGAUCGGGGAAAGCGUUUUGCUCCGGAUCGACGAAGCGGCUCGUAACGUGCUGCACAUUUCACCGGAGCAACUCACUAUGGCCAACGUGUACCUAGAGAACAAAGUAAAGACAAUCAUGCAGUCCAGCGAGCCGACGUCCGAAGCGAACCUUCGCACGGUCAAGAUUUGUUUGUUCAUGGAUGUUCUGGCUCGAUUGCUGGCCAACCGCAACCAACGUCGGGCAAUGGAGCGCCAGCGAGUUCUAGUGUCGCCCUUGGCGCCGCUUCUGGUUGAGCCCAUCCGGCAGCAAUUUCUGCAGUUUCGCUGCGAGACAGGUCAAACACAGGGACGCGAGCAAGUUACCAAGUACACGCAGGACAAGGCGCUUCUCUACUAUUUGGCCUUGGCGUUCGUCGUGGAAGGUACGGACAUCGUGCCGGUUCCGGUGGUACACCGAUCGCUGCAGGUGUCAAAGGAAGAGAUGAUCACAUUCGGUCGGGCGAUCGGUGCGGCGUAUAAUGCUCGACAGGAUGUAUUCACCAAAGCGCUAAAUGUAUUGAAAAAGGACGAAGAAGACACAUCAAUGCUGUUGGGUAUUUCUGACGGUAACAUCGGUGGAAAGCGUCGCGGUGGCAAGCGAACCUAUGGAAAACGCUGA